CUGGAAAAAGAUUAUAAAUAAAAAAAGACAAAACUGUCAACGAAGAUUUUAUAUUGGUUGAUUUUGAAUCCACAAGACAAAAGGCAAAAACCCAGUCGUCAAAAUUCAAUCAAUUUCUCCUUUUAAUUUUUUUUUAUUAAUUUUUCUGUUUCCACUCCAAAUUUUGAUUAUCUGGGUUUCGAAUAUUCUUCCUUUUCCUCCAAUCACAGAACGAAAAGUAUUCACUUUUUUUUUUAUUUGUUGUCUUCCCUGCUUCUCCGGCGAGAGUAAUGGAUGCGCCGACGGAGAAAUUCGUGCCUUCCCGGCCAUCAACGGCCGAUUCGUCGGCGAUGAGAGGUUGUGGGCUCGCUAAUCUGACGUGGGUCGGUGUAGACAAGGUGGAGCUGCGUCAGAGGCUGAUGAUGCCUGAGUAUCUCCGUCUCGCCAUGCGCGACUGUAUCAAACGGAAAGAUUCCACAGCUAUUCCCGACCAUUUGCUUCUUCCCGGCGGCGCCGUCGCCGAUAUGGCUCCUCACGCGCCAAUGGUUGUCUUCAUCAACCCCAAAAGUGGCGGUCGUCAUGGUCCUGUGCUUAAAGAGAGGCUUCAACAGUUGAUGAGCGAAGAACAGGUGUUUGAUCUCACAGAAGUGAAGCCUCAUGAGUUUGUUCGGUACGGUUUGGGUUGUUUGGAGAAAGUGGCAGCGGAAGGAGAUGAAUGUGCAAAAGAAUGCAGAGCAAGGUUGAGGAUUAUGGUUGCAGGUGGAGAUGGUACUGUUGGUUGGGUUCUUGGAUGUCUUGGUGAGCUUAAUAAAGAUGGAAAGACACCAAUUCCUCCUGUUGGCGUUAUCCCUCUCGGCACAGGAAAUGAUCUCUCUAGGAGUUUUGGUUGGGGAGGUUCGUUCCCUUUUGCGUGGAGAUCCGCUGUUAAAAGAACGCUCCAUCGCGCAAGUAUGGGUCCUGUUGCUCGUCUAGAUAGCUGGAAGAUUUUAGUGUCAAUGCCAUCUGGAGAAGUCGUGGAUCCUCCUUAUUCUUUAAAACCAGCCGAGGAAAACGAACUUGAUCAGGGUUUGGAAACGGGAAAUGACGCGCCUCCAUUGGCAAUGACCUAUGAAGGCGUGUUCUACAAUUACUUGAGCAUAGGUAUGGAUGCUCAAGUUGCAUAUGGCUUCCAUCAUCUUCGCAACACUAAACCAUAUCUUGCUCAAGGCCCUAUUUCAAACAAGAUCAUUUAUUCGGGAUUCGGUUGCACUCAGGGUUGGUUUUGCACGCCUUGUGUCAAUGAUCCAGGUUUAAGGGGACUUAGGAACAUACUAAAAAUCCACAUCAAGAAAGUUAACUGCUCUCAGUGGGAAGAGAUCGCAGUCCCAAAAAAUGUGAGAUCAAUUGUUGCAUUGAAUCUUCAAAGCUAUGGAAGUGGAAGCCAUCCAUGGGGUAAUCUAAAACCGGACUAUCUAGAGAAGAGAGGAUUUGUGGAGGCACAUUGUGAUGAUGGUUUGAUAGAGAUUUUCGGUUUCAAGCAAGGAUGGCACGCGUCAUUUGUCAUGGCUGAGCUCAUCUCUGCCAAGCACAUAGCUCAGGCUGCUGCGGUUAGAUUUGAGCUAAGAGGAGGUGACUGGAAAGAUGCGUUCUUGCAAAUGGACGGCGAGCCAUGGAAGCAACCGAUGAACACUGACUACUCUACGUUCGUGGAGAUAAAGAAAGUUCCUUUUCAGUCUCUGAUGAUAAAUGGUGCGUGAGCGAGACUCAAAGCUUGGAUUCUUUGUAGAGAAAGCUAAUUGUUUUUUUUGUGUAUUUGGAUUUGAUCAUUUAGUCAUCAUAUAGAUAUAUAGCUGCUGCUUGAGUUAUUGUUGGGUUUUGUAAAUCUUUUCUUCUGUGAGAAAUGAAGUUUGUGUAAUUUAUAUUAAACGAAAAAUUUCUCAUAUGCUCUUUUGCAACAAAGGUUUCCUCU